GCCAAAAUCAAGGGGGCGCGUCACAACGCUACCGAUCCACGCGUUUGUGGAUAGCGGGUAUCGCGAACGAGUUUCUGCGACGCGGAGCGGAUCAAUUGCGGGUCAAAUCGCCCGCUUUCCUGGGUCGUAGAGAAAAUACGAAACUGCCCCUCACUUAAGAACCGUUUGGAGGGACAUUUUCGUCAUUUUUCAAACCCUGUUUUUCUACUCCAAUUCCAUCGUACAGAAAGAGAAACGGCCCGCUCUUCUCUCUUCUCCAAUUCCAUUCAUCCAUCGUACACAGAGAAGAGAACAACAACACAGCUCCAUCAUCCAAGUCAACAACAACAACACAGUUGCUCCUGCUCUGAUCUUCAUCAGUCGCAGCCGCCUUUAGCUCGCAUUUCACUCCCAUCGUCAGACGUCGAACUCGCAAUCGAUAACUCUGACAGAUUUUGCGGUGAUUUCAAAUCAACCAACCUUGCGUAUCUUAGGUUUGUGCUUCAACGAUGGCUGACGAGUCACAAAAAGCUGUUUCAAAUGAUUCUGUAAACUCAAAAGAAGUUGAGAAGCCUCAAAUUCAGCCCCUAAGUUUGCCAACUGUUGAGGAAAUUCGCGGCCAAGACAUUUGGAACAAUUGCGCUGUGCGCAGUGUCGUUAGUGGAGUCAUGGGAGGUGGUCUUGGCAUCGCCAUGGGAUUGUUUCUUGGAGCACUGGACAACCCUAUGAUGCAAGAGCAAAUGACUGGCAAACAGCAAUUUAUAUUUCAAGCAAAACAGAUGGGGCGAAGGAGUUGGAGUUCAGCCAAAGCAUUUGCUGUUAUGGGUUUCGUAUUCUCAGCUGCUGAGUGUGUUGUUGAGAAGGCACGAGCAAAACAUGACAUCACAAAUACGUUUGUUGCUGGAUGUACUACUGGAGCUGCUAUAUCAGCAAAAGGAGCAUAAUUUUCCUUGUAAAAAACCAGUGCUGAAUGACCAGGAGUGACUAGCCUAAGGUUUGCUUUUUCUUGGGUGGUAAGGAGUUUGGUAAUUGAUUGCCAUUGAAACUAAAUUUUAGCUAAAUGAUAGAGUAUACAUCUGUUUGUUUUGAGCUUAUACUCUAGUGUUGUAAUUCUGUUUGGCAAAAUGAUAAACUUAAAGCAAGACGAGAACCUGCUCUGCUCUGUCUUCCACUCUAGUCUAAUCCAGAUUUUUCUUAUAAAUGAGAAUGAGAGUCAAGAUCAUUCAUUAAUCAUGGGUUCAUAACAUGGAUCAUAAGUUCGUACAAAAUUCAUAAAACUCAUAUAUGCAUGUGUGUACGUGCACGCAUUUAAAUCCGUAUUCACACAUAUGCAAAAGGUAACUCCAAUUUUUCAGAUACAAAAUGCCAAGUUUUUAACAAGUUUGAAGUAGUCAAAUUCUAUGUAUCUAAUCUAGUAAAUUUUUCGAGUUAAAAUCACUGGUCCCACCAAAAUAUUUGCCAAUCCUCCCAAUCUUACAAUUAAGAUUGUUGAUCCCACACAAUCCUACCAGAUUGCGGUUCUGUCUGUUAUUGGGAUAAUCCAAGUCGUCAAGGAUCUUACUUAUGAGUAAGAUCAUGAGUUUGACUACCUUGCCAAAUAAUUGUAACGUAUAAUUAUAACCCCAAUGUUUCUCAAAAUUAAAGUGUUUGUCAUGGUGUGGGGAUUUCUUCAUAUGGUUUUUGGGAUGGUUAGAAAUUUAGACUGAAUAAUAUUUAUAGGAGUAUCUUAGGCGGGUGCAAAGCUUGAUUUUGUCUCUUUUAGGAGACAUCUUUGUUGGGCAUAAAAUGCAUGGCAACAAAGGAUGCAUUUCGACAUCAUUGUCUUUGUAGUGCAUACUCAAGGAGAUAGUAAGUAAUGGUGAUGGAGUGCAUGCACACAAGCAUUGGUACUCAUGAGCCAGGCUCGCUUGUAUGCCUCUGGAAGAGAGAAUGCUACUCACGGCUUUUAAAGAGUCAACGUUGAACUGCAUUCUCAACAGGGACUCCUUACUAAGGUGUUACUGAAAACCUUGAUGUAGUAUCCUAGUAUUGAGAGCCAACAAAUCCAUUGAAAUGGUAGUGCCUUAGUUUUGGAGAAUGGACUAUUUCUCUAAUUCUCUAUUGAGUGUGGUACAAAGGGAGUCUGGUGUGAAUGAAGAGCACAAAGUGAUGUUCAUCAAGUGCACUUCUAGAGGGUUGCUGUCUUUGUGGUGGCUUAGCAACAUUUAUCUUGAUAUACUUCACCCAAAACAGAAGUUAUUGUUAGAAUUAUUUUGUUUAUCCCUUUUCAAAGUUGUUUUCUAUUUAAAUAUAACUUAGUGAUGUUGAUGUAAACCAAAAAUCAGAAUACACAAUUGUAACCGCAAGUUCUCAAAUCAUGGGGUUCUGACAGUGGCCCAAUAUGGAUGUAGUGCUCAAUAUAAGAUAUGUAAUUCUAGUUUUAGGUUUCUUGUUAUUUUUUAUUCAUAUCUUCUCUCAUUGAAGAAGAAAGUUGUGCAUUGUAGGCUGUUUAGAUGAAACGCAAAUUGAUGUAAAAGAAGAGAAAAGAAACAGUAAUCAGGCCAGAUAAGGAACUGGAAAACGAAGAAUUGAAACCCUCAAUGUUUCUUGUUUUAUAAACCUGUUCUCUACCUGUGUUUCGUAAUGACAUUUGUUAAUGUUUGUGU